AAAAAUUGAUAAAGUGAAGAGUGGUCAAUAUUUCAUAAUGCAAAUAAAACGUCCAACAAUUAGAAGUUAUAAAAAAAUCAUACAUUCUGUGUCAUUAGUUGCAAUUUGUUUAGUGUUGUUCCUAAAAACACGUGACGCUAUAUUUUCAGAUAAUUUGACUGAAGACAAUUCGCAUUCGAAAGCAAAAUCGUCUAUUGAAUGUGAAAUCUUUCCUGAAAGUCUCACAAUACAUUAUGAAAAUGAUUUUUGGCAACACUAUAUGACUUCUGAUGGAAACAUUAAAUUAUUCAAAGCAUAUUACGAUGAGAGAAGCUACACAAAAUAUUCACCAAAAAUUCGAAUUAUUGCAAUGAUAAAUCGCAUCAAACCUUCAAUGAAAAUAUUUUGUCAAUUAUUUUAUGAAGGAAUGAAAAGUCCCAUUGUGACUGAUGUUAAAGAAUAUCGAAUGAUGUGGGAUAGUCAUUGGGAAAAUAACACAAUUGGAUAUGUUCCAUAUCUGAUAUCUUGUGAUAAUCAAAUUCAUUAUAAAGUUCCGGUUUCUGUUUCUCUUGUGGAAAAUCGCUGUGAUAAUCCAAACAAUAACUUAGAUGUAAUAAACAGAAAGCUUUCCAACGAAUUCAAAGAACCUUUUGCUGUUUGUGUUAAACCAUUAGAUUUCGAAGAAGAUAAUUCAUCACAGCUUAUUGAAUGGAUUGAAAUUCUAUCGAUUCUUGGAGCAAGUAAAAUUUUUGUUUAUGUUGUUCAGAUUCAUCCUGCAAUGAUGAAAGUAUUGAAAUUUUAUGAGAAGUUGGAUAAAGUUAAAAUAGAAAUGACAGGAGAUCCUGAAGGUUUACCUGACAAGAACACAAGCUUGACGCAAUGGCUGCAGAACCAAAUGAUAUCAAUUAAUGAUUGUUUAUAUCAGCACAUGAAUGAAUUCGACUUUUUGACGCCAUUAGAUUUAGACGAAAUCAUUAUGCCUGUGAGAAGCAAUGAUUACACUUGGAGGGAGAUGCUGAUUCACAUUAAUGACGAUGCUGCUGAACAAUCUAUAGAUCUUGUAGAGUUCCCUCCCACUUAUUUAUUUGACAACGUUUUCUUUCUCACUGACAAUAUUCGGGCUCAUGAGAUUCAACACGAUGUUCCACAAGAAUUCUUUUUCCUUCAACUCGUUUAUCGUGCUAGAAAUUUCUCUAAAUUUGGACAUGGUACAAAAAGUUUUCACAACACAGAUGAAGUCAUCAUAAUUCACAAUCAUUUACCCAUCAGUUGUGUCAAUGAAGAUUUUUGUAAACAUUUUAAAGUGUCAGUAAAUGAUGGACGUGUUCAACAUUAUCGCACUGAUUGUGAAAAUUAUCCAAAAUCAGAAUGUGAGAGUUUCAAGAAUGAAGUUGUCAAAGAUUUAACAUUGUGGAAGUAUAAAAAUCAAAUUAUCUACCGUGUAAAAAAAAUUAAAGAAGAAAUUGGAUAUUUUGAGUAA